UGCGAUUAGUGGUGGUUAUGAUUGGUGUGACUGGUAUUAUAGUUGUUAUUGGUUGUUUGGCAACAGUCAACGAAAAGGAAAGAAGAAAACGAAAGUUGGUGGAAACAAUACAUGAUUUUUUUCCGCUUUGGUGUUGAGGCCGAUGAAUCUGAAGAUUUUUUUUAGGGUGGAGUGAAAACUUUUUGUGAACAAUGAAAUCGAAGCGCUACAAAAGUGAACCGCAAGCAGAAGAUGCUAGUAGGACUUUGCUUGCCUUUGAAAAUGGUGAUAAUGAAGCCGCGGAGUUCAAUGAAAGCGCCGAAAACUGUGAGCUGCAGUCGCCACAAGCCCAAACACGAUGGACACCAGAGUGUACGCGAGUUAUGUUACAGUUACGCUUUGAGCGCCAACUGGAAUUUCAACAACGAAUACGCCAAAAAAAGGAACUUUGGUCUGAGAUUGCUACUGAAAUGAGGCGACAAGGAUUAUGUGAUUUUUCGUUAACAGCAGAGGUUUGCGAUCUAAAAUAUCGCAACAUGUUACAGACAUACAAGAAGAAUCGAAUAAAAGAAGAUAGUGGAAUGCAGUCGCUGAUAGCGUGGGAAUAUUAUGAACUCUUUAAGGAUGCGCUGACUGCGGUUGAUGAACUGGAUGCUGCUCAAGAGGGACAAGAACGUGUUGUGCCAUCAUUGUUGUGUGAGUCAGUGUGUGAAGCCGGAAACGAGGAUGAAACAUGGCCAGCAGCCAAUGAAUUAGAUUGCAAUCAAACGACAGUGGAAUUAUCUUUGAAUGCGCCACAGGAAUCAUUAGAAAUAGAAGCGGAGGAGGUCAAAUCUGUUACAAAUAUUAAGCCUGCAGCUGUCAGCAGCCGAAAGAGAAGUAGAAGGUGCGCCAUGAAAAACGAAUCGGUGAGUCCACCACCGGUAGGUCAAAUCACUUUAAGUGUACCUACUGCAGAAGAAGCAACGAUUACAGAAAAUUCGAAGCAGGAAAGCUUUUCACACGCUCCCCUAAAUGAAACGCCACUGCAACUGCUCAACCCAAGGUCAUGUAAUUCUGCGCGCCCUCAACGAAAGCGUGCCUGUCCGUCCUUUAUUGCAACAAUACCACACACAGUAACUAUAGAAGCUGGAUCUGUGGGGAUAGAUGCUCAAAACGAAUCCACUUUGACCGCCAUACCAAACGAGCCAAUUAUUUCAUCAACCUCCGCUGCAACAAUACCAAUUCCAGCAAUAAUGCAAGCACCAACAAUACAACCACAACCGCCACAGAUUGCAGCACCUCUAAGCCAAACGCCAGUUACCAUAGUUCAUCCAAAUCAUUUGCAAGCUAUACCAACUGGUUUAGCACCUUCGGAAAUGCGUGAAUGUCAGGUGUUUGGCGAAAGUAUUGGACUGCAAUUGGCGCAUGUAAGAGAGCCGCAUGUGCGAGCGAUGUUGCAAUUUAAAAUACAAGAACUACUUUACUUGGCGAAAACUGGUAAACUUCUAGAAACUGUUCGCGUUUGAAACUUCAUUUUGGCAAUGAUGAGAGACCUUUCUAUAACUAAUUCUAGAUAUUCUUCGUGCUUUUAGGUAUAAUGUAUUUCUAAGUGAUGUCUGAAAUUAAAUUACAUUAAAAUU